GAAGAUGCUGAUCGAAGAGUGUCCGAUAAUUGGUGUCAAUGUGCGAGUGUGGCUGUUCUGGUCGUAUCUGCGGCGGCCGCGGUUGUCCCGCUUUCUGGUCGGCUGCAUCCCGGUCGCCGUGCUGAACGUGUUCCAGUUCCUGAAGCUGUACUCGUCCUGGGGCGACAUGAGCGAGCUCAUCAUCAACGGAUACUUUACCGUGCUGUACUUUAACCUCGUCCUCCGAACCUCCUUUCUCGUGAUCAAUCGACGGAAAUUUGAGACAUUUUUUGAAGGCGUUGCCGCCGAGUACGCUCUCCUCGAGAAAAAUGACGACAUCCGACCCGUGCUGGAGCGGUACACACGGCGGGGACGCAUGCUAUCGAUAUCGAACCUGUGGCUCGGCGCCUUCAUUAGUGCCUUUGUGACCUAUCCUCUGUUUGUGCCCGGGCGCGGCCUACCGUACGGCGUCACGAUACCGGGCGUGGACGUGCUGGCCACCCCGACCUACCAGCUCGUGUUUGUGCUGCAGGUUUACCUUACCUUUCCCGCCUGCUGCAUGUACAUCCCGUUCACCAGCUUCUACGCGACCUGCACGCUGUUUGCGCUCGUCCAGAUAGCGGCCCUAAAGCAGCGGCUCGGACGCUUGGGGCGCCACAGCGGCACGGUGGCUACGACCGGACACAGCCCGAGCGCACUGUUCGCCGAGCUGAAGGAGUGUCUAAAGUAUCACAAACAAAUCAUCCAAUACGUUCAUGAUCUCAACUCACUCGUCACCCAUCUGUGUCUGCUGGAGUUCCUGUCGUUCGGGAUGAUGCUGUGCGCUCUGCUGUUUCUGCUAAGCAUUAGCAAUCAGCUGGCACAGAUGAUAAUGAUUGGAUCGUACAUCUUCAUGAUACUCUCGCAGAUGUUUGCCUUCUAUUGGCAUGCGAACGAGGUACUGGAGCAGAGCCUAGGCAUUGGCGAUGCCAUUUACAAUGGAGCGUGGCCAGACUUUGAGGAACCGAUAAGGAAAAGGUUGAUUCUAAUUAUUGCACGUGCCCAGCGACCGAUGGUGAUUAAAGUCGGCAACGUGUACCCGAUGACGUUGGAAAUGUUUCAAAAAUUGCUCAACGUGUCCUACUCCUACUUUACACUGCUGCGCCGAGUGUACAACUAAACCUAACCGACAAACAAAUAAAAAUCCCCUCAUCACCAUGCAAAAACAGCAAGCAGCCGAUCAUCAAACACCAUUAGCAGCCACAAAGUUACCAGCCGCUUAUCCCACGGGAUUUGGUGGAAAGUUAUUGCACUGAAGCUUCUUCACCCAA